UUGAACUCAUCACCCUCGCGUUCGGCAGACCUUAAAGUGGGCGGUGUCGGAGUGCACGUUGUUUUCUUGUAUUUUAGGUCUUGGAAAGGAGAAACGAGAGUGGUCAGCUCAGUGUGUGAAGGGUUGGUCGACAUGGUGGGAGAGUACAGAUGAUGAAACAUUGAGAACGGAACACUAGACCGAUCAUAGUUCCUAAAACGGACCGCGAGGCGAACACGGUGAUUAUGCCCAGCGCAGCAGUGAGACGUUUAUCACAAGUCGAAAAAUACCUCAACAGCCGGAACGAUAUGGCGGAACGGAGCAGUGGCGAAGGGAACUCCCGGAACAUUCCGGAGUCGAUGCAUCACGGCAGCUUGGAGAACAACCUCGAUCUGGACCUGAGCGGCAUCCCAGACUCCCAACGCUACCUCGACUCCUCCCACCGCAGCCUAGAUUCCUCCUACCGCUCCCUGCCCCCCGGACUCAACAGCUUGCAGCAGAAGAUCCUCAGGGUGACAGAGCAACUGAAGAUUGAGAAGGAGUCACGGGACGACAAUGUGAUAGAGUACCUGAAACUGGUGAACAGUGUCGACAAGCAGCAGGUGGGGCGCAUCAAGCAUGUGUUUGAGAAGAAGAACCAGAAGUCAGCUCACAGCAUUGCCCACAUGCAGAAAAAGCUUGAGCAGUAUCAUAAGAAGAUGAAGGACAGCAGCGAGAAGGACGCCAGCUCCCAACACCACAGCAUCUCUAAAGAGAGCUCAAAGGACAUGCUAAGCCACACCGUGAGCAACGUGAGCAGUGGUAGUGGACGACACCCACUGGACAAGAUCAAGACAGUAGGGCCUGGCGUCUCGCUCUCGCCACCCUUCUUUUUCAGCAAGCCCCGGGACUUUGCCAACCUCAUCAGGAACAAGUUUGGCAGUGCCGACAACAUCGCUCACCUGAAGACCUACCUCGACACGCCCUCUCCCUUCCACUCUGAAGGAACAGGGCGGGCCUUGAGUGGGAGCGCCACCUUAGUGAGUGGGAAGACCCCUGCCGCCACGUCCACGCCCAAGUACACCAGCGAUGACGAGUGUUCCUCGGGCACGUCCCUGUCGGCGGACAGCAACGGGAACGCAAUGGCUCUGGGCGUUGGCCUGGGUCUAGAAGUGGGUGUCGGGGCGGUGAUGACCCCAGGGCAGAUCCUGGAGUCUGGGGACAGCCAGGAGAGGCUGGGCCUGACCACGGAAGAGGUUAGGGAGAUCAGGGAGGCCCAGGGGCAGCUGGAGGAGGACAUGGAGGGAUUCAAGACCCAGUUCAAGAAAGACUACAGCUUCAUCACCCAAACGCUGCAAGAGGAGAGAUACAGGUGUGAGCGGUUGGAGGACCAGCUGAAUGAUCUGACUGAGCUCCACCAGGCCGAGACAGCCGACCUGAAACAGGAGCUGGCCAGCAUUGAGGAGAGAGUGGCCUACCAAGCCUACGAGAGGGCUAGAGACAUACAGGAGGCCCUAGAGUCAUGCCAGACGCGGGUCUCUAAACUAGAGCUCCAGCAGCAGCAGCAACAAACCGUACAGCUUGAGUCCCGUGAUGCCAGGGUGCUUCUGGGUAAAAGUAUCAACAUCAUGCUCGCCAUCGUCACCGUGAUCCUUGUAUGCGUCUCCACGGCCGCCAAGUUCGCCGCACCCCUACUGCGGAGCCGUCGCCACGUGAUGGGCACCUUCCUGGGCAUGUGUCUGUUGGCGCUGUUCUGGAGGAACUGGGAGAAUCUACAGUGUGCUGUGGAGAGGGUCCUGGUGCCAGCCUGAGGGGGGACAAUAGUCUAAUGCUGUCCAUGUCACUCACUGCAACAAAUGAUCUAUGGACUGAUCUCAGAACUCCAACAAAACAGCCUAUUGAUGUAGUAAAAUGCAGAAGGUGCACAAUGCAAAAGAAGUCCGCUGGGGGGAAAUGGAGCUAGUGAAGCAUGGUCACUGACUGGUUAAUCGCAUCACCUAGAAUAACACUGAAUAUCAAGACAUUGUGGGGUGAAUGAACACACAAUGACUGACAUAACAACAGAAACGACAACCACACUGCUUAAGAAUGUUGUAAUCCUUGAUCAAUGCUGUUUCUUGCAAUUGUAAGGUUUAAUCGAUGCUCCCAGAAACAAGUCUUGCAGUGUUAAGUCCAUCAUGAGAGACUACUGACUUCAACAUAUAGGUUCUCCAUUGGUCAGAAGAGGGGAUGCUGUCCAGAACAUACUACAACAAAUAAUUUCCAGACAGUCAGAUCACGUGCAUAGUGCAGAAUAAUUGCGAUAGAGCAGGCAUGAUUGGGGAAAGAUGGGAGCUGGGUAAAGCAUGGUUACUAACUGUUCAUUAUACAGUAUAUUGCUGGAUCACAAUCUCCAAUGUCUCUGACAGGGUUGGUAGGUUGGUCACGGCACACAAUCAUCAGAGGGCACGGUUGCAUCACGGUUGUCUUACGGUCGCAGAGGUUCAUGGUUCUUCACCCUAUCCACGCCAUCAAUACACACACGCACACACACAACUCAGCCUUGAUGGGCGGCCCUCCCAACAUUCUACUACAGAGACUACAGUCCACAAUACAGGAGUCAGGGAGGUGGACAUCUUGUUUUGAUCUUUUAUGUCUUAAGGCUUAUGUCUUACAGCCAAUCCUCAUUCCUUCUUUAUUACCUUGCCUGCAGUCAGAAGUUUUCAGCCUUAUUUUACAACUGUUGAUGACUUGGUUAGUUUACUUCUUUUAUUGGAUACAUUUUAAAAGUGAAAUAUGUUUGAUUGUUUUGUUUUUUUAACAGCCACUUGUUUGUUUGUUUGUUUAUAGGAAAGGAUGUUCUCUGUUUCCCUCUAGAUGGAGAAAUGACGGGAUGCUGUCUGAAGGUUUGGGGGAUGUAAAAAAAAGAAUCAUAUAUAUAUUUUUUCAUAUAGAAACGUAUACAUACGAACAACAAAUUACAGACACAGCCAAACAAUGACUACAUCUCAUCUGCCCAGAAACAGCAUGCUCACACCCCCAUCCCUAGUGCCUGCAUUAUUGUUUGCCACCCUUCCUUAAAUUGCAUAAAUUUGUUUAUCUCAGUCGCCCCUACUAUUUCCAUAUUUCAAUAAUACCGAAUGCCAAUAGUUAUCAUUAAUAGAUAGAGAAAGUAUUUCUCGGAGAGGAGGAGGGACUGAUAAGGUUGAUUUGGCCAAUUGAUUGAUGUUUGUUGACCUUCUAGAGGAAGUAGUGGACUCUCUAUAACACUGUCAUAUGAGGCUUUGGGUUCUUUUACUGUUCCUCUGAAACACUUGUUCUGUUCCAGUGGGUGAUAGGCUAGCUAGCUACUCUAGUACAAUGAGAAGCAACUGAGCAUUGAGCAGCCUUACAUAUACCCCACAGUGGACAGAGGACCCUACAGGUUUGCUUCAAGUUAAGCCAUAAAAUGAGUAUAUUUUAUGGGACGUCUGGGGGGUCGACUAGUACGAGGACUAGUAUCUGUAUGUGGCAGAUGACAGACCAUAUCUAAUGUUUGUUUGUUGUAAUAACAUUUCCUCUAAUUUGUUUGUUUGUAUUGACCUAGUCACGCACAGACAGGGUUGUUGUUAUUUACCUGCUGCUGACUGUAUGUACAGUAUGAGAUUUGGGUAAUACUUUAUUUUACAGCACAGUUUAAGAUGGUUCUAGUGUUGCAAUACUCGGGUAACUUUCCCAAAAUGUCCAUGUUUUCCAUAAAUCCUGUUUUAUUAGGAUUCCCAAUUCUCUGCUUAUUCCCAUUUUGAUUCCAGGAAUCUUCCAACUGUGAAUUUGGGGAAAGUUACCGGAAUUUUGCAAUUAUUAUGUAAUUACCGUUUUAACAUUUUAAUUUCUAACUAUAGUACCUGCUAAACAGGGGGUACAGAGAUGAUUUAUGUUCCUCUGUUUUGAUACACCUGAAGAAUUUACCUGAACAUGGAUUAGAUUUAUUACAGUCUCUUAUUCAUCUACAGUGAACAUGGAUUAGAUUCAUUACAGUCUCUUAUUCAUCUACA